CGACCUGAAGACUUAAAACAACUUUGUGUCAUGAUUCUUGGACUGUCAUAUGUUUUGGUCACAAAUUAAGGAAGCAGGUAAUGGGCUGAACGGAAAAUAGAGAAAGUGAUCAUAGAGGGAGGGGUUCAGUUUGUGUUGGUUCAAAGAGGAACUCCAUCAGACAAAAAAGAAAAGAAGUUCCUGGUUUACUCGAGAAGACGAGAAUCCAUCAGAGGCUUAACCAUGAAGGUGUGUUACACUUUGAUCUGCUUCUUCUUCUCUGCAGCUCUGCAGGAUGGAAGCACAGGCCCCGCCGAUACAGGAAGGGUCUACAUUGGAACUGAAGGAGGAAACAUCUCGGUUGAAUGCACCUCCAAAAACUAUCGUUUCUUUGCCACCUUCUGUAGGAACAACUGUGAAGGUGAAGACUUACUUGUCAGAACAAUCUAUGGCAAUAGCUAUGGCAAUGGCAGACCUCAGCGUGGAAGAUACAGUAUUGAAUAUAAAGACAGAGACAUUUUUUAUGUGAGCAUCACAAAUCUGACAAAGUCUGACUCGGGACGAUACAGAUGUGACGCCUUCGGAAACGGCCGUGAUCAAAACAACACGUUUGUGAUCAGAGUCGAAGACGCCACCUAUGAAUCAUCCCUGUCUGCAGCUAAAGAUGUUUCUCUGUAUGUCCGGGUGGUUAUGGUCAUCUUGUUUAUCGUGACAUCAGCAGCUGUGCUGAUAUACUUCAUGGUGAGGACCAGAAGGCCUAAGCCGGAAGAGCCUGCUGUGGAACCAGAGUACAUGAAUGUCACAGAGAUAAAACAAGUGCACAAGGAGGUCAGGGCGGAGGACAGACGCAACAGAUCUCCUCCUGUGGAAAUAUCCGCUGUUUAAACUUUCCACCGCAGAGUCCUCUGAGAACAGAGUGAAGUAAAAUCUGUGCCAAGAUUACACUUUGUGAACACAAAAUUUUGCAUGUGGGCCACAUUUACAUGAAAACGAUCCACUGAUAACAGAAUCGUUUAAAAAAACCUCUGCGACCGCCAACAGCGUUUUGAUAACAAGCACCGAGCCCACAGAUCCACAAAAAUGGCAUCAUUUUAGUCUGUAGUUGCAUCAGAAGAGCAGCAGCCGCCUGCUCAAGAAUGAGGAACGUGGAGCUUCUUGUGAAGUUAUACUUAGUCAAGUUUCACAAUUAAGGAAAUACUUAAUAUUUUGUCACAUCAGAUUCACAUUGUCAUCAGUAUCAGCAAGAAACGGGGGCUUUUCCAGAGAGAACCAUGCUGACUUGAAGGAAAUUGUCUCUUUAGUGGAAAAUUUCUUUUGGCUGCUUUUCUGAUACAACCUUUCAGAAGAAUAAUUUUAACCAUAGCCUCAUUUAAAUCAGUCUAAGGAUUUAAUAUUGUAAUUAACAACUUUAUUCUCGUUAAUGUACGACUUUAACCUCCAAAUUUAGGAUUUGUUUCUUCUUUGACGUGGCCCUCAUCUCCGUCGUAUUCAUAGACUAUAAAUGGACGAAGCGUUGUGAUGUCAGCCAUCUGUUCCUGCAGGGGGCUGUGGAGGCUCAUCUUCAACAUGUCUCAGUCUAACUUUCAGUCAGCCUAACGACAGGCUGAGAGCUGGAGCUGAGGCGGGUUUUAAACCUCUCGAUG